AUCUUUAUACAUCUUAAUGACGUUCACUCUGUGGUGGGGAUUCCUCUUUUCAGGCUUCCGUUGGCAAACAGAGAAUAUAUCAAAACAGCAGGACUGCGGUCAACAGUUGCGUGGGCUAUGGCAUCUCUGGCUGAAAUCAGUGCUGGUGCCUUUGUGCUGGAUCCCAUGUGUGGGCUGGGAACAAUACUGCUGGAAGCUGCCAAAGAAUGGCCCGAAGCCUGUUACUGGGGUGCUGAUAUAAGUGAUUCACAGUUAGAGGGUGCAGAUGUGAAUAUUAGGACUGCAGGCUUGAUGGAUAAGAUAGAGUUACUUAAAGCUUCUGUGAAAGCGUUGCCAUUGCCCUCAGAAAGCUUUGACGCUGUGAUUUCGGAUAUUCCAUUUGGGAAGAAGUUCAAGGUCACAAAAGACAUAGAGCUCCUACCAGAUAUUCUCCAGGAAAUGGAGAGAGUACUUCGUGUUGGAGGCACUGUUGUAUUGCUGCUGAGCCAAGAUCUCCAUAAGCGCAUGGAUGGCAUUGCCAAAUGUGCUGAUAACGACUCUCCUAAUGCCAUUUCUGAUGGCACAAGUGAAACCACCGCUGCAAAAGCCCUAAAUGUUGAUGGGAGUUCUUCCUCCUUGGUGCAUGAUGUUGAAAAAUCUUCUCUCAGCACCCGACAGACAGGUUUUGGGUCUCUGGUACCAGGUGGUGUCUAUGGCGUUAGUCUUGGGAAGACGGAUGCUUUCAUCUACAAAUACAGGAAGAUCUCUGCUGCUGGGAGUCAGUAG